AUGGAAAACCAACAGCAGCAACCCCAAGCCACCCUCUUGUGCAGAGGCGGAUGCGGAUUCUUCGGCUCAUCGGCGACUGAGGGCCUCUGCUCGAAAUGCUACAAGGAUUCGAUUAAGCGAAAUCAAGAAACACAGCCGAGGUUGAGCCCCACAAUGUCGUUGGCGUCAUCAUCCGUGCCAGUAGAUGGCCUGCUCUCCGGAUCAUCAGUUGUUGUUCCAACCUCAUCUCCAUCCCCUCCUCAACAUUCAUCAUGUGGCCAGGCUGCCCUCUCCACUGAAGAAGUCACCGCCAAACUCGAGAGCCACCAGGCUACCAUCGAAGCCAAGCUCGACGCCUCCUCCGGCUCAGCCGAUACCUCCCCAGCCCCAUCUACCUCCACGAAAAAGGCGAAUCGAUGCCAUUCGUGCAACAAACGUGUCGGAUUGACCGGCUUCCCAUGCCGUUGCGGUGGUCUCUAUUGCUCUGAACAUCGCUAUGAUCUGGCCCACAACUGUACAUUCGACUACAAAACAAUGGAGAGGGAGGAGCUGCGUAAGAACAAUCCGGUCGUCGUCUCCGACAAGAUCCAGAGAAUC